AUCUUAAGAGACUUAAACCAACCACAAGGUGGUGAAGCAAAUGAAAUGUCAUAUGACGACAAAUAUAGACACUUCUCCAUGGCAAAGAUGAGACAAGUUUUAAAUAUUUACAAUAGCCGUAAACAAAAAGGUUUGGGAAACCACUCCCCCGAAGAAAUGAAAAACAACCCUGACUUAGAGAAAGACUAUAUAUUUAAUAGUUUAGUCAAAAGAGACAAACAAGAAAGAAUGCCAGGCUUCAAACUUAAGAAAGGUGACAAAGUAAAAAUAGAAAUACCUAAACGCGACCCAUAUGAAAAUACUAUUGACUAUGACAACAAUGGGAACUCGACAGGUACUCACAUUCGUGUUCGUAAAAAUAGAAGAAAGUAUACAAGAGAAUAUUAUGAAGUUUUAGGCAAACAUGGCAAAAUGUACACACUGCAAGCAGAAGAUAAAACUACUAUUGUCAGACCUCGUUUCAAACUUGUCAAAGUUCAAGGUGGUAUACUUUCAAAGACAGUUCCUAACAAAUAUAAGACAACUCCUGACGAAUAUGCUAAAGAAGUUGAAAAUGACGACUAA